CAAUGUCCUCUAAUCAUUUAUUCUCAAAUGUUACUGUCAAUCAGACAUUUAUGUAACGGCUAAAUAAAAUUGGAGCGAGGUUUAGGCUCUCUGUAGAUGUGCGCUGCUGUUUUUUGCCGCGUUCCGGUCCGAGCAAGCGGAGCCGAGAGAUGGGAGCAAGCGAAUCUCAAACAAAACUGAAAAUGCUUCAGCAAGAUCGGGCCAUGAACCCUGUCCUUGGAAGUCAUGCUCUGGUUGGACCGCAGUUAACUCUGCACAGCCAUACCAACAGUCAAAAGAGAUGCGAGAAAGAUGGUAACUUUAACUUCCUGGGGCAGGAUGAUGACUCCAUGACAGGAGAUGAAAAUCGCAACCAGGUGCGUCCAAGAGCUUUGGGCCGUGAUCUGCCUUUUUCUGCCAACCACUAUGGACCUGGACCCCUCUCCCCCUUGUCUCGUCUGCCAUGCUGGAGCCCUUUGGAGCCUCUUCCUGAGAUUGAAAGUGGAGACGAUAUGGGCGGCAGAGUGCCUCCAGAUGGCGCGGAGGAAGGCAAGGUUGAUGAAGAGAUGAGGAGAGAUAUGGAUGAUGAAAAGGAGAAUGCAUUGGGAGAGAGUGAGAAAGUGGAGGACCUGCUGGAUGAUGUCGAAGAGGAGGAUGGAGUGAUAGACUGGGCUGUCAGUGAUGAAGAGUUUGAAUUAAGCUACAGGUCAGAAAGCUCUUCCCCAUUCAGCACAGAGAGUGGUGACAUUGGGGCCACAGGGGCUCACAAUUCCAUCUGGGAGCAAAUCUGCCAUGAAUGUCCAACAGCAGACAAUGGGAAUAGGAAUGCAACUGCAGACACCCUGAAAAACCCAAACCAUGUGGAUAAGAAGGCAGAGCGGCGUCGAGAGAGCCUGGAGGGCACUGAUGCAGUUGAAGACAGCUCGUCCGACUCAGAUAUCAACCCCUGUUCUGAGCUGCCGGACCUUAUGGAGGCUGUUUGGACGCUAAAGGACCGGGAGCGGUUUAAGGCACAGGAGAUGGAGAAGCAUCAGGUCCAGCUGACCAUGUAUCGUCGCCUGGCCCUUAUCCGGUGGGUUCGCACCUUACAAAAUCGUGUCCAGGAGCAGCAAAACCGCCUCCAGUCCAGUUUCGACGUCAUUCUUACGCAUAGAAAAGAGCUUCUGCGCAUGGGUGCUGCCACUGCUGCCCAAUAACAUGAGACCAACUGAUGACUAUUAUCAUGUGAAAAGUAAUCUUUGUGCAUCUCAUUCUUUUGAAUCAAAUUACCUCCUGGGUCUCUCAACUAUUUUGCCCUAAUGUUCCAUAAUGGCAAACUUUUCUCACUAUCAUAAAUAUGGUUAAAAGUCCUCCAAAAUAUCACCUUGAACUGUGUCCACAUGGUUACUGAUGUUUCCGAACUCCUCCAACCUGAUAUCUUAAAAUAAUUAUAAAGUGUCAUAUAAAUGUUUCUGUGUGGUAAUGAAAUAAAUUAUAUUUAACAAUAAAUGCA